CAAGACUUUUCUGGCGGUCAGUUGGCCGUAACUGGUCAGUCUCUGAUCUGUGAUUUCUGUGCCAAUAAUUUGUCUGUAUUUGUAACGAUUGAUGAUAGGUUACAGCCUUACAUAUUCAGGAUGACUAGAAUUGAUCCCUCCUGUGUUUGAUUUGAUGGAGUACAGAUGGAUUUCAUUUUAUGCCAACAAACAACGAAUGCUUGACAGGACAUGGACAGGGUUUCUUACUUGGAAGUCGUCCGCAUGUUUAAAAAAAUAAUAUUGACAAGUGGCGGUCUGUCUUGUAUUCCCCUAAUACUGCACAGUCCACCAUCAACAUAAAUUGUGUGUCUGGAUGCGUUUGGAAUAUUUUUAUUGUGUGUAUGUUUUUUAGUGAAAAUGAUAAAGGAAAAUAAGCCUCAUCGGCAUUUUUCUACAAUGAAUGGCCGUGGUGAUAUCCAUUCAAAAUGUGCAUCUCUGAAAUCGUCCGAGUCCUGUACUGCAAACUUUCUAAAGAGAUAUGGCAAUCAAAAAUUCCGGACUAGAAAGUUCAACCUAAACAUGUACUGGUACGGAUCAUUGUAUCGUAGACUGAAUAGGUGGGAGCGUACCUGGAGCUUACAUCACAAUCCCAUAUAUGAUUCCGAAAAUACCUACCUUAGUUUUGCCAACCCCAACUAUCAAUUUGAAGACCGUAUGAACUCUAACAUGAAGAAGAGUGGCAGUGAGGACAGAGAUUCCUGUAUCUAUGACGACGUCGACGACAUCAGUACACUGUCCCUGCUCGACCAGAAAUCCAACAAAAAUGAAACUACAAAAACUCCCAAUAAAAACUAUACCCCAGAGAAGAAACGUCUCCUCUCUGAUUCUUCCAGUGAAAAUCUGAGCUCUUCAGAAGAGGAGGAAGACUUGUCUAGUGACGAAGACAAUGAAAAUGAGUACAUCACAAUGUAUGAAACUAAAAAGCUGACAGAAGAUUUGAACCGAGCCAACGAGAAAGACUCGGCACAGAAGGAGGCAAACGAUAAAGUAGGGAAGAAGAACCGAGGAUUUCUGGGAUAUUAUAGCAUGCUGGAGUCAAAGGCCAGAGAAAAGCAUGUUAACAAUAUCCUCAGUCCUGACACGGAGGAUGAACCUGAGAGCGCCAUGACAACCCCGAGUGUUGAAAACCUCCGCAAACUGAAGUUCGACUUGAACUCUCCCGAUUCCAAUGACAGUGGGAUUCAGUCGGAUGCACGAUCUGAUGACGGCUCGCAUCAUCAUGGCUCCAUCAAUGACAACAUGUAUGCACUGUCUAAUAAGACGCCAUUGUCGACUAGUUCGUCUAUGUCUGCCAGUACCUCCAGCUCCAUUGAGGAGAAGGAGGACAGCAAGGAAGAUGAGCAGACACCCACAGGGGAAAACGACAAGGAUACCACAGUGCUUCCUGCCGGGUGGGAGAAGUGUGAAGAUGAAGACGGACCGUACUAUUGGCACGUCAAGAGUGGAACCAUCCAGAGGGAGCCACCGUCUCCUGCCCCACCGGAGACCAAACCAACGACCUUGAGAUCAAUAUCUGUCAACAGUGAUAGCAGCACCCUGUCGGGAACGAGUACAAGUUCGGUGGUGUCCACACCCUCCAGUAUUAACUCUAACACAGAGGAACAUCUAAAGACAUUUGAGGGCCACGCCCUUCAGUAUGCUGCCAAGUCUCUCCAGUCCCUCUCUUCUGGGAAUCUCCAAAUUCAGUCCCCUGAGCCUCCUGCGGAAAAGGCCAUGCGGUUCGCCGUACGGUCCCUGGGAUGGGUGCGUAUUGCCGAGGAGGAUUUGACCCCCGAGAGGAGCAGCAGGGCGGUCAACAAAUGUAUUGUUGAUCUGUCACUUGGGCGUAACGAUAUCAACGAUGUGGUCGGGCGUUGGGGAGAUGGUAAGGACUUAUACCUGGACCUUGAUCGGCACAGUCUCAGACUGGUGGACACCCAGGAUUUCUCCACGCUUAACUCACAACCGAUCCAGUCCAUCAGGGUCUGGGGGGUCGGCCGUGAUAAUGGCAGAGAAAGGGACUUUGCAUACGUGGCCCGUGAGAAACAGACUAAGAAACACAUGUGUCAUGUUUUCCGCUGUGACACACCUGCACGACAAAUCGCCAACUGCCUGCGUGAUAUCUGCAAGAAGAUAAUGAUGGAGCGUCGUCUACAGGAGAAUGCAGUCGUACAACGUCUCAGUCGUCCCACAGACCUGCCAAACCUGGGCAAAUCUUCAGAACCUAAUGGGCAGAAACUGUCCUUUCAGUCCCUGUAUAACAAUGCCUCCUUCCCGACCCCGAUGGAAGAGCCAAAGAAGAUCAUCCGCUGUCACUAUAUCGGCCUGGAGUGUGUCACUAGACCGACAGGCACAGAGAUAAUUAAUGGCGCUAUCGACGCUGCACUCAUGAGAGUUCCACCUGAAAAAUGGCUGUUUGUCAACGUGAAUAUUGCUCCCUCAACCAUCACCAUCUCAGAGCAUGGGAAACCUGAGAACAAAAUUGAUGAGUGUCGGGUGAGGUACCUGUCCUUCAUGGGAAUAUCUGUAACCAAUCCAAAGGUGUGUGCGUUCAUCAAUCAUGGUGCCGAGGACCAGUUCUAUGCCCAAGUGUUCCACUGUGAACCAACCGCUGGACCACUGUGUAAAACUAUAGAGGCCGCUUGUAAGCUGCGGUACCAGAAGUGUUUGGAUGCCCACCCAACAACCCCAACCCCCAAACAAGCCACUGGCAAGACAAUAAGUGAAGCUCUCAAAUCCAGUGCUCACUCCGUUCAAACAAGUGUCAAAAUUGGGGCCCAGUCGGUGCAAGCUGGGGUGAAAACAGGGGCCCUUACUGUCCAAGCAGGGGUGAAAGCAGGACUUUCCAGUGUCCAUAGUGUGUUUUCACGGUUUAAAAGUAAAACAUUGAGUCCCAAGGAGGAAACUCCGACAGAAAGCUGAUGAUGAGAGCAGAUCUAUAGACCACAUACGCUCGGUGCUUGCUUCAGACAUAGUGUCCAGAAUAUGAUUGAAACACUUAAGUCUCCCACUAAGUAACCAUGGCGACAGCUGCUAGGGUGGUUUUCAGCCCCUGCCAAACACAGCCUGGCUGUUGUACAAGAAAAUGGAGGCGUUGUGCAUCAGACUUUCAUUGUUUAUAGAGAGGUUCCUGGCAUGUACUGCACAUGUUUUCUGUGGUCAGGUGACACUCUUUGUGAAGUAGCUAUAGAUAUGUGUUUAGACACUAUAGGUCAUAGGUUAAACUAAAUAUAGGUCAUAGGUCGGACAUGCCAAUCAAAAUGUCAUUAUUGUACAACAUCCAUUGUGAUUAUUACACUUUUACAUGAAAAUAUGAUAAUGCUUUUGAUUUUAAUGUGAUGAUGCAUUUAAGUGACACUAAUAUAUGAUGUGAAUGUUUCAAACAUUCACAUGACACUGAUUUAGUAUAUGAAUGGACCAAACAUUCGAUUGACAUUGAUUUUGAUUAAUAUUUUAACUAUGUGCUUGAUGCAUUGCAGUAUCAUACCAGGAGCAUUUUGAUGUGUGAAAUUUGUCAGUUGUGGAUACAAAAUUUUGUAAAAUCUGUAUCAUCAAGCUGUUUGUUACUAUAUUGUCUUUUAUUAAGAGUGUUACCAAAUUUUUUUUUUUUUUUCAUUAAACUUUGUCAUGAUUAUAAAUAUGUUAGAGUAGGACAUUGCGAUAUUUGAUUUUUGAAUUGCAAUAUUUACUUAACUCAUCAACUGACAUAAUGAUCAGCACUUGCACGGCACGGAUUAUGUGUCCUUCAUUGGCUAUGACUGCUAUUGGUUGUCAUGGUUACACCUGUCUUUGUGUGCAAUACCAGUCACUCGCAUCAUCAACUGUAGAAUUAUAACCAUUGACCAUCAUCGCCGUACCUGUAGCCCACUGUGUGUAUUGUGGUAGAGAUCAGCUUGUGUUCUGUAGCAUUACUCAUAGGUGAUCUGGUGACAUAAUCAGAUUCUCAGUAUCAUUUUAGAUAAAGUAUGAUUUAGAUUUUUGUGUUGUUAAUAGAUAUUUAAAAUUGUUUAAAUCUGAUGAUGAUGCAGGUUUGAGACAUUUUACACCACAGUAACAAUUAAAUUUUAAUUUCAUUUUUUCCUAAAUGAGGUAAUAAGACCAUUAUUUGCUAUUUACAAUGUUUUUAUAAGGUGUGAUUUAUUUACUUAGAAGAUCUGCAAUAUAAGAUCUUACGUUUAUUACUUUUGUUCUUGUGAUCAUGCUACCCUGAUAUGUUUUUUUAUGAAGAAAAAUAAAUAGAAUUACUUUUAAUUACCUGUUAAGAUGUUUUAUUAUGUUGUUGAGUCUUAUGUAAGACUUCUACGACAUGUUUUUUUUUUUUUUUUUUUUUUAUAAGCGUGAUAUUUCAAAACUUUACCCUUUGAAUGAUGGUAAAAUCUGAUUUAUUAUUUAGACAGAUAGGAAAGGAAAUCUUGUUGUGUUAGACUUGUAGUAAAGUUAGAUCUUGUUUACAAGGCUUCUAACUUUAACAUAAUCAUAUUUAAGUACAGCAUACAAACUUUUCCCUUUAAAAAAUAGGGAUUUUUUUCUGAAGAAAACUCCAAUAUAUAAUAAUCUCAUCAACUUAUGCAUGGUCACAUAUUUAUGCAAGCCAAUACUGUAUUUCUCUGUUUUCUACCAAAUAGCUGCAUUGUUAGUUAAUUUUUAACUGCUUUAGUUUAUUUUCAAACUACAAUGUAUUAAACUAGUUUAUACCUAUAUCCAGACCAGCUGCCUCGUAUAACUGUGUAUUUUUUAAAUAUGAGACAUAUAAAUAUAUAUAAGUAAGUUAUAAAUGAAGCAUUUAUUAUGAGGUAAAUGUAUUAGUUUGUGAUAAACUUGUUAUACCUAUCUAGUAUCAAGUAAAUGAUUAUUGAGACAUUUAUAUAUUAAUUGACUAGUCAAGAUCAAUUUGAGGAGUUAUCUCCCUUCAAUAUUCUAAAAAUAGUUUCUGUGAGACAAUCCUGUAUAAGGACAAUGAAUUAGAGUCCAACAUAACCAGAGGCUAUCUCCCCUUUCACUUCCUGUGCUGCAUUUAUUCACUUGUUAUUUACUCUGUAAAAUGAUUCAACAGCCGAGUAACUCUCUCCAACUGUUAAUUGUUCUUUAUAUUUGGUGGAAUUAAUCAUAUAUAAUGUUAUAUUUGUUGCAUUCCAGAUUGUGAUAAAAUCAUUUCAAGAGUUUUAUAUAAUGUUAAAUGUUCCAGAAUUGCAUGCGUACUUAAAUUGGCAAAUACAAAAUAAUAUUCUGAUUUUUAUUAAUAACUCUGUACAUAUCUGAAAUUAAACUGAUUUUAUCAGUAGUUAAACCUAAAAGUAAUAGAUGACAUCUUUAGUUAUGCAAAUAAAAACCUUGCUUCUUUGAAAUAUGAUUUGAACUUUGAUAGAAAUGCUCCUAUAACUAGUUAACAUUACCCUGCCGUAGGUACAGAUUUCUACCCCUGGUAUAUUGGUAUAUAGAUGGCCUUAAGCUUGUAGAAUAUUUGCCCUACCUUUUACACUAUCUGAUAUCUUCCAGUGUAUAGUGCCAUACCCUUGUUAUAUACUGUAUACAUAUACUGCUUUUAUUAUAUAUACAUUAUGUUGCCUUUGUACCUACAUUUUAUAUAUAAACAAGUCUUAUGUUCUGUUUGGUUUAAUAUGGAAUUUUAAAACUAUACCCCAACCUCUGUGUUGUGUAAACCAGAGGGUAUAGAUAAUAUUUGUUUUAAAAUAUUUAAACAAACACUCUUACUUCCUAUGUAAUUUUGUUUGUUUGUUUCAAAUUAAACUUAGAAUCUAUAAGGUUAUUUUAAUUAGUGUGCUUCCUUUAUCCAGCCAUAAUAAAAAUAUCACGGGGAAAUAUCUGCUUAACUCCACACUGUUGAAUUAUAAGUUAGGUCAGUAAUAUAUUGUUGUAAAAUUAGUGUAUUUAUGCAUACACUGUUCAAGUUUUGUUUUAACUAGAAAGAUAUUUUAAUGUUGAAUUAGACGCAGAGAUUUUUUUGUUUUGUUUUUUUUUGUUUUUUUGGACAAUUGAUUUUUUAAGGUUUUAAUACUUCAAAAUAUCAGAAUGAAGAAUUUUUUUCCCUUAAUGCAUGAAAAUGAGGACUUAUAUAAUUGAAGAUAAUGAAGAUUUUGUGAUAGGUUGAUAUGUAGAUGGUCUUGUAGUAACCAGCAAUGCUUAAAAAACCUACAUAGCAAUGACAUGUUUUGUUUAUUUGGACUGUUAAGCUUUAGAAAGUGUGAUUACAGUCCGGUAUUAUUGUUGUAUUUAUUAGUUAUACAAAAUAUCAAUUGUUAUGUAUACAUGUAUAUUACAUUAUCCAAGUAUAACUCUCAAAUAAAUGUGUAUUAAGUUAUAGGAGUAUUACUCUGUAAUUGUGUUUUAAGUUAUACAAGAUUUACUCUGUAAUAGUGUAUUACAUUAUAGGAGUAUCACUCUGUAAUAGUGUAUUACAUUAUAGGAGUAUCACUCUGUAAUAAUCUAUUACAUUAUACUAGUGUUACUCUGUAAUAGUGUAUUACAUUAUACUAGUAUUACUCUGUAAUAGUGUAUUACAUUAUACUAGUGUUACUCUGUAAUAUUGUAUUACAGUAUAGGAGUAUCACUCUGUAAUUGUGUUUUAAGUUAUACAAGAUUU